AUGAACGCGAUCGUGUUGCCACGGAUCCGCCGCAACGUGAUCUACAACGUGUACGUCUUCCAGCCGCAGCGGGUAAAGCCCGUGGACGGCCAGCAGCAGCAGCAGCAGCAGCAGCAGCAGGAGCCGGCGGCGGCGGCGGCGGCGAGCGGCGGCGGCGGCCGGCGGAAAAAGGCCAAGGCGUCGGCGGCGUGA